AUGAAAAAAUUAAAGGAUGAUAUAAAAGUAAGCCAAAGUGGAAAAAUAAACAGGACUAAGAAAAAAAGUAUUAAUAAAAGUGAGCAGAAUGUGAAAAACACUAAUGGGAGUAAAAAUAAGGAUGUGAAAGAUGAUAAGGAAAUAGUUAAACGUGUUAAGAGAUGCCGAAGCAAUGAUAAUAUUUUUAAUUUUAUUGAUGCGAAAUAUAGGAAGUACUUUCUGAGAUGGGGGAAUACCACAAAGAUGGCUUGCAAAGUGGAAUGCAAAGGGAAAUCUGUUGACCGAUAUGCAGACCAACGUGUGGAUCGAUAUGCAGACCAACGUGUGGAUCGAUAUGCAGACCAACGUGUGGAUCGAUAUGCAGACCAACGUGUGGAUCGAUAUGCAGACCAACGUGUGGACCGAUAUGUAGACCAACGUGUGAUGGGUAGUCAUGUAGUCUUUUUCGAGUCGAUAAAUGCAUAUGAAUUAAAAAAGUACAGUGUAAGUGAAGUACUGUUCAGAACACUUUUAGAAAUAACAAAGGUUAACAUGGAAGGACUGUACAAUGAAAGCAAUUUUUUGAACAGAGGAUGGAUUGAUAGUACUAAAUGGAAGGAAUUAACAAGUGACAGGUGCAAAUUAAUUCUAGGGUUUAUAAAAUAUUGUGAAUCAUGUAAUAACAAUACCAAUGAUUGCAAUUUUGUUGGAAAUGAUAAGCUUAGUGAAGAUUGUGUGGAAGGAGAAGAUAAUUUUCUAAAUAUAUUAAAAUGUAAUAACAUAGAAAAAAUGAACAAGUACUUAUGUAAAAAUAAAUUAAUUUGCUUUGUUCAUUAUCGGCUAACACCUGACUACUAUCCCUAUGAAAAAAAUAUAAUUUGCUAUUUAUAUGAGAUUCAAAUAGUUUACGAUUACACUAAAUUAGGCCUUGGGAAAUAUUUAAUAAGUAUGCUAGAAAACCUAUGUAAACAUAUUAAGUUGAAGAAAAUCAUUUGUACAGUUUUGAAAAAUAACAUCAAUGCUGUAUCAUUUUAUAAAAAUAAAUGUUCGUUCGAAAUUGAUGAUAGUUCCCCUGAUAAUUUCCCUUCGGAUAACUCAAAGCCUUGUCCAUACGAAAUUUUAAAAAAAGAAAUUCAAUUAUAA